AUGGCGGCCCAUCGGCGGAUGUUCCGGCCCGUGGGGCAGGACCCGCUGCCCGUGGGCGUGAACUGCAGGCCCUGGUUCAAAGAGAAUCUCCCUUCCAGGUGUUUCACAAAGCACAAGAACAGGCACAAGCACAAGAAUACUUCCCUGAACAGCCGGCAAUGGAUAUUUGUGAGGAAGGGGCUGGACGACUUCAGGAAAGGUUGUCCCCCUUGCCAAGGUCUGAUCACAAAGGGCCCUCGGGAAGGCUUUCUUCCCCUGAUUUAUCACCGAGUUCCCCUACCUGCCCCAAAGACGAGGCAGAACAAGCUGCCCAAGGAAGCAGCUGUGUUUCCCAAGCUCUCACCAGCCCAGCAAGCACGGAAGGCAUUUAUUGAGGACAUCGAAGCCCGCCUGGCCAGGCAUCCCUUGGCCCUCUACCCGAAUCUGGAAGAAGAUAUACCUGUAGAGCUCUUGUUGAAGGUGCUGGAAGUGCUAGAUCCUCACAGGAAGCUGGAGGACACAUGGGCUUAUUGUCAGGACAUCAGGAAAAGGAUGAAGGAACCCACAAAGCGUUUAAACAAACAUUCUACAGAAGUCUCUCCGAGAUCUCCUAAGAAGCCUCCUGUGUCACAUUCAGGCCAAUGGAUUUAUAAAGAAAAGAAGCCAAGUGAAACAGAUUUGCUCCAUGGUCCUCUUCUUCAUGAAAACAUACGCAAAGGAGUUGGUGACUUCUGCAACUGGGUUGCUACUCUUGGAAGUUCAACCAUUGAUGAAGAAUUCAUCCUGAAACAGUUUGACAUUGACUAUGACAACAAACCAAACUAUGAUGUACUUCACACAACGAGACUAAACCAAGUUCCUCUGGAGCUGAAGUCUCAUGUGGGGCUAAAUAAACCACAGGAGCUAGAUUUCUCCUUCCAGGAACUAGACUUCAAGAGGCAACUCCAGAAACCACAGAAUCCUUAUAAACCAGAGUGGGUGAAGAUAAGGUAUGGAGCAUGGUAUCUGAACACCAAGUUGUGGAAAAAGCAAAGAGCAGAUGAACCUUUAGUUGACCCCAAGAUCUUACUUAAAGCUCAAGAUGAGAAUUUUAAAAAGAAGCUGCAGGAAAAGGAGAACUUAUUUGAAGAACUUCAUGGAACGGUUGCCUUUAAGGAUUUCAUUCUAAGCAGGGGCUACAGGAUGCCAAGUUUCCUAGAGAAGAUGUGUAUCAGGAAAGAAUGUAAAUAUGAGUGUAAUAAGACUCCUAUAAAGCAAUCAACAAAAAGUAUCUGA